AUGCCAACCCCGCCCGAUUCCCAGAUCCCAACCCUUCCCCAAUCCCUCCACUACUACCCCGCAUUCCUCCCGGCCGCGAUCAGCUCAAGCCUCCUGCAGAAAGUGCUGCAAACCCCGAAACCGAAAUGGACACACCUGAGGCGCCGUCGCCUCCAAUCCUACCCGACGUCGCUAACGCAGAAUACGAACGCCCUCCUGGUCCCCGCCCCGUCAUUGUCCCCGCCGCUGCCGGCAUGGUUGGCGGAUCCGGUGAUCCCGCGCAUGCGGGAACUCGACAUCUGGGCUGGCGCGCCACACGGCGGGCCGAACCAUGUGCUUGUCAACGAGUACUUGCCCGGACAGGGCAUCCUACCGCAUGAGGACGGCGGGGCUUAUUGGCCGGUUGUUGGGACGGUUAGUUUGGGGGGCGUGGUUGUUUUGGAUGUUUAUGAGAAGAGGAAGGGUGCGGAGGGGGAGGAGGGGGGGGUUGGGGUGAGGGUCGGGAGGGUUUUGUUGGAGGAUGGGAGGUUUGUUCCAUUCUGCUUUUUUCUCAUUCGCUUCUUGAAGGGGAGGGGCUGAUUUGUAGCUCUUGUUUAGUCUACUGGUCACCACGGGGGAUAUGUAUACCUCGUAUUUGCAUGGGAUUGCGGAGGUUAUGGCUGAUGAUGAUUUGGGGCCCGAGACCAUCGCGAAUUGGGAGUUGCUGGGGGAUAAAGAAAGGUUUAAGAGUGGGAGGAGUGAGAGAGGGACCAGAAUUAGCUUGACAUAUAGGGAUGUGCUCAAGGUGGUGAAGGUCGGAGGUGGGUUUCUACGAAAGUGA